AAAGAUAUUUAGGAGAAUUUUUUUCGAUGUUGGCAGAACUAGUUGUCAAAAUUAUGAUUUCAGUCAAAUGUAAGCCCUUGUUUUUCUUUGUAAAAAGAUGAAUUACGACGAGUUGAAAUAGGCAAGGUUAUUAGAUCAAUUUUUAAGUAUGGGUAAUAUCUGAUACAGCGGUUUUGAAUUGCUUUCUUGGACAACAUGGGAGGUUAUGUGCAAUUGACCCGAAUCAUUGGGACCCUUUUCAAAAUGAUUUUAAAAGUGUGGGCCUAUUCGGGUUUAGUGCUAGUCUUUUGUUUCCUUUUAUACUACGUAUACGGCGGCGUUUUUGCAGUGAUAUUGUUAUUUUUUGCUCUAACUGGAGUAUUGUAUCACGUCCAAGACAACUUUUUAUUUUAUCCGGAGUUACCUAGUCAUUCUCGAGUUUAUGUACCGAUUCCAUCAACCUUUGGUCUUCCGUAUGAAAGUGUUCAAACAAGAGGAAGCGAUGGGGUUCUUAUUCACAUGUACUUCAUUCAUCAACCCAAAGAACGGCAACGACUAUCACCCACGAUCAUAUUUUUUCACGGAAAUGCAGGAAAUAUGGGUCAUAGGUUGCAGAAUUGUAGGGGCCUUUAUCACAACCUGCACUGCAACAUUCUUUUAGUUGAAUAUAGGGGCUAUGGUCUUUCUGAAGGAAACCCAACUGAAGAAGGACUCUAUAUUGACGCCAAAGCAAGCCUAGAUUACAUUUUUUCUAGAAGUGAUAUCAAUCAUUCCGAAGUUAUAAUUUUUGGACGCUCUCUUGGAGGUGCUGUUGCUGUAGACUUGGCAAGCAAAGAAGAGUAUGGAAAUAAAGUAUGGUGCUUGGUUGUUGAAAAUACGUUUUCCAGUAUUCCAGACAUGGCGAAAGUUCUUCUGAGCUGGAGGCUACUCCAUUAUUUUCCAUUAUUUUUUUACAAGAAUAAGUUUGUAUCAUAUCAGAAGGUUAAGCACUUGCGAGUGCCCACUUUGUUCAUAUCAGGAAUGGCUGACACUCUUGUGCCCCCUCGUAUGAUGUCAGAGUUAUACAAUAAUUGCAGGAGCGUGCGAAAGCAGUUACUACAAAUUCCCGAUGGAACACACAACGAGACGUGGACGGCACAGGGAUAUUAUCAUUCGCUGGCUGUGUUUUUGCAGAACUGCAGAAUUCAAACAGAAGAAAAGAAAGAUUAUAGCAAUAAAAUUGAUAUUAGUGUUACUUGGAAUGAUGUACAAAAUAUUUGAUUUAUUUGUUAAUGUUUUUAAAUUGUAAGUUCGUAUUAUUUGUUUUCGUGAUGUCCAUAUAAACGUCCAAAGAAAAAUGUACAUAUUUUCUAUUUGCAAUUUACGGACAAAUCGCCUAAUUUAAUAAAGUGUACAUAUUUUUCAUGCUUCAUCAGACCAGCGUGCUGUGUCAGUUUACUUUUGCAAUAAACAUUUGCAAGUGUA